UCCAGGGCCGACUUAAAAGAGUUCGCUUGCCAGCUCUCGAUGUCGGCCGCGGGCAUCCCGCGCGCGAAGGGAAACUUAACUUGGCGGGCCAAGGUUUUAGCGGCGCUCGCCGCCCGUGGACCUCGGAGCUAAAGCGACGCGCGAAACGAUCUCGCCUUCCGGGGCCUGGAAGCCUCCGAGCGUCCCCUUCCUGCAACCCCACCCGGGCCGCUUCGCUUCUUUCCAGCGCCUCCUGAAAGGAUGGGGGCGGGCGCCUUGGCCGUCUGUCAAAGUAACUCAGCGGUCAGGCUUAAAGAAGAUAUGAGAAAGAUUGCUGUCCUGCCCCCGAGCAGACUGAAGGGAUCCUGUCACCACCCGAGGUUGUUUGGUGCUAGUCUUCAGGAAAUGCAGCAAGAAGGGCUGAGCAAGUGUGGCAUUCCAACAGUGGUGUGGGAUAUUGUGGAAUAUCUGUCUUGGCACGGUCUCGAGCAGGAAGGUCUUUUCAGGGUGAACGGUAACCUGAAAACAGUGGAACAGCUGCGCAUGAAGUACGAGGGUGGAGAUCAAGUAGAUCUCGCCACAGAGGCUGACGUAAGCUCAGCCGCCAGUUUGCUGAAGUUAUUUCUGCGGGAGCUGCCAGAUCGGGUGAUCCCUUCUGUCCUUUACCCCAAAUUCAUCCAGCUUUAUCAAGCCAGCCAGAAGUGUGGUCUGGAGAUUAGCGAUUUCAGAGACCUUCUGAGACAGAUGCCGAAGGCUCACUAUUGUCUUCUUAAGUAUCUUUGCCACUUCCUGAAACGGGUUGCCGAGCAUCAUUCUGAGAACAAGAUGACCGUUUCCAACCUUGCUACUGUUUUUGGACCAAACUGUUUCUGUGUCCCACCUGGCUUUGAAGGGAUGAAGCAGCAGGAAAUCUGUAACAAAAUCAUGGUCUACCUGCUGGAAAACUACAGCCUCUUGUUUGAAUGGGAGCAUCCGAAGAAGGAAGGAGGACGCAAGGAGUCACCCAAAAUUAUAUUGGUGAAAGAGGCUAGUUGCAAGACAUCUCCGCCAAUCUUGCUGAAGAACCCUGAGACAGAAACACCCAGGCCAAAACCAAGAACAAAGAUCGUAAAGUCCAAACCAGAAAGACGAUCUCUGACGCCUUUAAUGCUGCAGCCGAGACUGUCAGAUGGAAUUCCACGGGUUAGCAUCCAUUUAACGGAUAGUUUGCGUCCCAAGGAGAUGGAGUUAGCGGAUGAAAUCUCCUUCCUAAGCAGUGGUGCGUUCUUCACCAGUUCCCAAGAGGAUGAAAGGCCUUUAUCACCAUUCUAUCUGAGUGCUCACGUGUCACAAGUCAACAGCAUCCCUGCUACUGGAGAAUUCUUAGAAAAGACUAUCCGGACAGCUGUUGAACAACAUCUUUUUGAUGUUCAUGGCUCUAGUGGUCAAAGUUCUGAAGAAUCUGAAUCUGGAACAUCAUUAACAUCUUCUGGUGUAUCUACUGGGCAGCGCAGGCGACAUCAUAAAGAACAAGAUGAAGGCCGAAAAACCAGAGAUAGGGAGGUCAUCAAUAAAGAGAAUAUUCCUUCUGGAUUCAGUAGCAUUGAGGAGUGUAUAUUAAAUGCUCAGGAAGCAUUUAAUAUACAGGAAAAAUGCCAUGAGAACAAUUCUGGUUACAUUGGCGAAAGAAGUAAACCAAAGCGUCAGAAAUCCAGCACCAAACUAACUGAGUUUAACGACAACCAAGAGAGUUCUUUGGCAAUGGAAACUUUUGGUUCCUUGAGACACGAAGAUGGAAGAGGACCAGAUGAAAUGGAGGUGUUUUCUGAAGAAAGCAAAGACGGCAGAAAUGAGGAUGGUUUGUUAAUGCACAAUCAGAGCUCAAGUAUGAAGAUCCAGGAACAUCCCGGCGUUCCUGAAGUCAAAUUACAGAGGAACCAAGAAAUAGAUGGCCAGGAAGACACUUUCAUAUCAGAAGUGCCUCGUCUGGACCUGUCAACUUUGUGCAGUGACAACUGGGAAGAACCUGUCCCUGCUUUUUCUUCCUGGCAACGUAAUGACGUAGAUUCCGAUGAAGCUCGCCUAUCCCCUCAGGCUGGACGCCUCAUUCAGCAGCUUCUGGAUGAAAACAGUGACCCAAUGCUGUCCCCUCGCUUUUAUAACUAUGGGCAAAGUCAGCAGUACUUGGAUGACACAGAAGUACCUCCUUCCCCACCCAAUUCUCAUUCAUUCAUGAGGCGAAGAAGUUCUUCUUUGGGAUCUUAUGAAGAUGACAGUGAAGAUUUGACACCUGCACAGUUGACUCGCAGGAUUCAAGGACUGAAGAAAAAGAUCAGGCGGUACGAAGAUAAAUUUGAGGAGGAGCGAAAGUAUAGACCGUCCCACAGUGACAAAGCAGCCAAUCUCGAGGUGCUGAAAUGGACAAAUGACCUUGCAAAGUUUAGGAAGCAACUAAAAGAGUCAAAACUGAAAAUGUCAGAAGAUCAUCUGGCUCCUAUGACACGCCAACGUAGCAAUACACUCCCCAAAAGUUUUGGCUCUCAGCUGGAAAAGGAGGAAGAGAAACAUGAUGUCUCGGAUAAAUCAUCUAAGCCUUCAGUGGAGGCAACUUUGGAAUCCAUGCAGAAGAAGCUCCAAGAGAAAAGGACAGAAGCAAGUCGACCUGAGGAUAUUAAGGAUAUGACUCGAGAUGAGAUAGCAUCAGAGAAAGUGGCCCUUCAGAAAUCCCUCCUCUAUUAUGAAAGCAUCCAUGGGAGACCAGUAACAAAACACGAACGGCAAACUAUGAAGCCCCUCUAUGACAGAUACCGCUUGGUCAAGCAGAUCCUCUCAAGGGCAAACUCUAUUCCCAUUAUCGGUUCUCCUUCUAGCAAGCGGAGAAGUCCUUUGCUACAGCCAAUAAUUGAAGGAGAAACUGCUUCCUUCUUCAAGGAGACAAAGGAGGAAGAGGAUGGAUCUGAGGAUGAUAGCCGUGUGAAACCAGAUUUCACAGUCACCAUAAAAUCUGACUUAGGCGUACGAAGUUUUUUGGACCAACUAGAAGAUGAUGUUGAUGGUUUCAUUUCUCCAGUGGAUGAUAGGAACCCUUCGAGAAACAGCCAGGACAUGGGCUUGUCCAAUCUUCAUGCUGCUUCUAUGCGUGAACUUGUGGAGCAGCUUCAAGAAGCCAGGGAAGAUAAAAAGAGAAUCAGAAAAAAAUUGAGAGAUUUUGAAGACAAUUUUUUCCGACAAAACGGAAGAAACGUCCAGAAAGAAGACCGGCUUCCCAUGGCCGAAGAAUAUAAUGAAUACAAGCAGGUUAAGGCCAAGCUGAGGCUGCUAGAAGUCCUCAUCAGCAAAAGAGAUUUAAGUUCCAAGAUCAUGUAAUAAAGCUACGCUGGAUUUGCCACUAAUGUUAAGAUGUCGAUGCAGCCAAAUAACACAAAAUAACUCAGCAAGAGCCUAAUACCACGAAGGGCUUUAGUGGCUCUCCCUGACUGUUGUUGGCAGAAGAUGAUGGCCCGGUGCGAUGGAGGCAGCGUCCUGUAUCUUUUCUUCAGACUUGUGACCUGUUCUGCCAUCCGGGCUGGCGAGACCGGAAGGAUGUUGACCCAGUACAACGAUUCCGCUCCACAAGUUUCCUUUCUUCGCUUUCCUCAGUUGGUGGCCUGUGGUUGCUUGGACUUAAAAAAAAAAAAAGACCUCAAUUUUUAUCUUCUUUGGAGCUUCAGUGUAAGAAAGGUGAUCUAGUUAAAGCUCUCACGAAUCUCCAAAUAAUGGCCUGUAAUUUUCAGACCAAUAAAGCAAUCGGGUCUGUUCUAAUAAUAAGGCUGUAUAUGCUGAGACAAUUCAGAGGGGGUUCGUAGGUCCCCUCUUGAAAUCUCACCUUUGACCACAGGGUUUUUCGUUCUUAUUUGUCGGUACGUGGUUCUUGUCACAUGCGCCAGCCCAGCUGAAAGUGGAACUGCCAAUUUGGUGGAGAACUGUUAAGCGUGGACUGCCUUGGCUUUCAAUAUGGCUGCUUUUUUAAAAAAACAAACAACGAAAACACACUUUCUUACUAAAUGAGCUUUUCAUAAAUGUUAUUACACAACUCCUACAUCUGUUCGACCUGGAAGAAAGAAAACAUUGUGGAAGUGGACCUUGGGAGAAAUUGGGCUUAAGUAAUGGGAUCCUCCACAAGAAGUAGGAAAAAGAAUGGGAUGAUCUUGGUAGCCAAGGUACUCUGAUAUAAUUGUGGGUUUCAGACAAUGUCUGGGAAGGGUUUAUAAUAUUUUAUUUUUGUCCUUGAUGUGAAGAUCGGGAAUAAUGGAUAAGCGUCCUCAAAAGACAGAAGAUUUAUCAUUUGAGUUUUCUUCUGCAGUAAUGGUGUUUCCACAAUCUGCUCUUGAUUUGUGUCAGAUCGUUUCCACAAUCUGCUCUUGAUUUGUGUCAGAUCUUGAUUUGUGUCAGAUCGUAAUGUCAGAUCCACUUCUCAGAUUUUUCAGCAAACCUUUUGAUUUAAUGCAAAAAGGGGUCCCCAUGCUUAGAAAGCAUCAAAAUGUCUAGACAGUGGAUUUCUAAAAUGAAAUUAAUGACAACGACAGUUUGUCUCAUGCCCUUAUAAUUUUUGUACCCCAGAUAAGGUACUGGAUCCGGUACUAAUCUCGAGCAAUUUUUUUUUUCUGUCCAUGUUUAGUUGAAGCUCCGUAUGGCUUUGACGUUGGUGUACACUUUCAAAUCUCUUGAGCAAAACAGUAGAUAGUAGAACAAUGCACUUUAGAAAGAAACAUAUAUUUUUUUAGAAAAUGGAAAACAGAUUUUUUUUUUAAAAAAAAAUAACCAAAUCUGUACCUAAAUAAAGAAAAAAAAACAUUUCAUCUACCUGACUUUUCUGGUAUGCCAUUUUUAAAGGAAGGAAAAAUAUGUCUUAAAAACCUUAAAAUUUGCCUAGACAAAUAGGCAGCUAAUUGGAAAGUGUAUUUAUUGUAAUUGAUAGAUCUAUACCUUUCAAAGCACCAGCAUUAGGAAAUCCUUAUAUGUGUGUUUGAUACAAUAAAUAAUAUCAGCAUUUAAUAGAAAUGAUUUCUAUCUUGAAAAUCAACUGAGUUAAAAAUAUAAUUAUCAAAUGCAAAACUAUUAAUUUCAUGCUCAACCGAACAACUAAAUAAUUGAAAUGUUGGAUCCAAAUGAAUGCAAUAUAACUAAAGAUUCUAAAAUCUAAUUCUCUAGGCUUAAAGUAGCUUUAGACUUGUUUUUUUCUCAACAAUUAGCCUGUUGUGGCACAUAAAUAAGCUGCUUGUGAAAGCAAAUACACUAUCAAAUGAAGAAUAAAAGGAAACUCUUUGUACUCUAAUAAUAAGUCCUUUAGCAUAACUCUAUAUAAAAUUUCCUUUUUAUAACCCUAUAAUCCUUUAAUUCAGGGUAGAGUCUGGGUGACUGGAUGAAGCUGAGCAUUUACUGGCCGGAUGCCCUUCCUGACGCCAUGCAAAGUUCACAGGAGUUACUUUUGCUUUGCGCCCUAGGAAAGAAAUACCUGCCACUCCGCAGGAUUGAACUCUCAACCUUCCAAGUGGGAGGCAAGGGUCUUUACCACUAGGCCACCACACUGCUCAGGAUAACACUAUAUAUUAACCCCAAAUAUUUCAUGAAUUCACUGAGGUGUGCUAUCAGCUAAGUAUUAAGAGAAUUAAUGUAAUUAUUUUCAUACUUUUAUUUUAACAUGAACUUUCCCUUCCAAAAUUACUGUUUGUGUGAAAAGAAAGAUGAAAACAGAGAGAUUUUUUUAAUUAUUAUUUUCAGAGUCUAAAUUAAGAUUUUAGUCGGAAACUUAUCAAGCGAUAACAGUAUAAGUAAAAAUGAUGUUGAGGUGUCUGUUCCUUCUCUUUUGAAUAAUUAUGCAUCUCAAGAUGCUAAAAUGAUAUGCAAGCCUCCAUUUUAAAACAAAGAUUAAUAAUGAAACUUUUGCAAAUAGAAAUUAUUCCCAGAAUUAAAAGAGAAAUUUGUAAUUUGCUGAUGUGCUUACUCUUGAGUGAACAAUUAAGUCACGUUUUUUUCACACAAAAAUAAACAUGAAGCAACCAGCAUGUCUUCUAAUCAUUGUUAAGCUUUGAAGUUUAAUUUGUUUAUGAUGUGCUUGUGUCCGUAGCCAAAUUUGUCUGUCAUUAAAUGCUCAAGUGGCAAAGUUUAUCUGAA